AAUUUUUGAUGAUUUUUGUGUAAUUUCCACGUAAAAUCCGAAAAUGGAGCAGUUUCAACAGCAACUAAACGAUUCCUGCCAAAUUUACUCAACGUUGGAGGAGAAUUUAAAGACGGGAUUUGAGGCUUUCCAGCGGAAAAUUCAAGACUUUCUCGAUGCCAUAGAAGUUGAAAAGACGCCAAAUGCUAAAGCAAAACGUGCAAGACAAAAGGCAGCGAUUCCAGAAGAAGAACCCGAAUCCGAAGAAACUGAAGCUGAUUCGACAAUAAACACUUCGCAACGACCGGUUCGUAGUACAAGGACGAAAAAUGCGACUUCUUAUAAAGAGCCUUCGCUUCAUACAAAAAUCCGUAGACCAUCGCCUGAGAAGCAGAUUAAGAAGGAACGCAUCACUAUCGAAGGCGGGAAAGAAAAUCGUGAACCGAAUAAGACUUCUUUGGUUAACGAAACUGAUGAAAGUGUGACAAUUGAAAGCGGCAAAAAGUUGACUGACACUCAAUCCGUUGAAAUUAUUGAAACACCCGUCGAGACAGUUGUAAUUCUAUCUGAAGAUGAAACCGACAAAAUGCCUCCGCCAUUGAUGCCUCCUCCAUUAAUGCCGCCUCCAAAAGCCCGCGGAAGACCUCGUACCCGUAAAGCUGCUCAAAAAGAAGAAAAUGAAAUUCCAGCUGACACAAGUAUCGUCAAGCAAGAACGCAUUUCUACCGACGAAUCCAUCGUCGAGACAAAAAAAGAGACAAAAUCAAAGAAAAAGAAGGGAGUUCCGAUGCCAAUUCAAGAACCUGCCGUUGUAAAAACCGAAAAAGUUUCUCCUGCAAAAUCAACUCGCCCAUCUGGCGGAUCAGAAACUUCCGUGUACGAAGAAGCAACUUCAACAAAAAAUUCUUUGGAAGCUCCUCAGAUCAUGAAUUCGACAGUAACGAUCAACAACGCAACUUUUGAUACCGCGAAAGGGAAUGAAACGUUCGACGUUAAAAGUCCCCAAGAAUCUAACGCGACUUUUGAUGUUCCGCCAGCUACGCCAACUGUUCACGAUAGCAUCAUGACGGAAGAUCGUUCAGACGAAGAAAAUGAUUUAAUUGCAAAAUUACUUGCAAAAUCGCCGGAAAAGCCGAAAAUUGCGCAAAAUAAGAAACACGAGAUUUUUAAUCCAAACAUCGCGAGUCCCUUAAAAGAAAAAGUUCAAGCAUUUGAGAAACUUGCAGCGAAUAAUUUCAUGUCGCCGAUGAUGAUGAAGCAAAAAACGCGUCAAAUCAUGACUCCGAGUGGCAUGAAGUUAACAACUCCCAUGAGUUUGCCUCGAAUUCCGUCUUUCAAGCCGGCUUCAGCUCAUGCGGGUCUCGCUUCGUCGAUUUCUGCGCCAUUAGCUCACAAAAAAGUCGUUUCCAAGCCAUCGACAUCCUCGAAUUCGACAACUAGCAGUCGCGAUCCCAGCGUUGAAGACCUCAGACGCACCGCAAAUGCCAUCGAAGCGAAGAAAAAAGCGCGCGAAGAGAAACAACGUCUCGUUCAGCAGCAACGCGAACAACUCGAGAAGGAGCGACGUGAACGCGCGCAACAAUUACAAAAGGAAAAGGAGGAAAAACAUCGCAAAUUGCUUGAAGAAAAAGAAGCGCGCAAACGAGAAUUGAUGUCGCAGAAGAAACUCGAAGAACAUUUACGCAACCAAAAAAUGUUGGAUCAAAAACGACGUGAACUCAUGGAAAAAGAAGCUCUCGAAGCGGCAAAGAACAAACACAAUGAAAGUUUGCAACGACGCGUUUUGGAGAAGCAACAUGCAGCUGCGUCGGCUAAAACUAAAGUAAAGCACGAUUUUGAGGCACUCGAUACAGAUGAUUCCACAGACGAUGAGGGAAAAAUGCACAAAAAUCGCCUUCCGCCCCCAAUUUGGAGCAAAUCAGCAAAUCGACGACACACAACGAGAAACCAAACGUACGUCAGUUUGCGACUUGUCGACAAAUUUUUCUCCGUUCAACCGAUGACGCCAGAUUUGAAGGAAAUUUUCCCGGAUAUUGAACCGAAAAAGUUGAAACGUAAUUCGAGUGCUGUGUGGAAUACACCGCCGCGUUAUUCGCAAAUGCCCAAGUAUUGAUAAGUCUUUGUUCGACAUGAAUUUAGUUGUAAAAGUAUUCUAUUUUUUCAUUACUUUAACCAUUUUUUUUUUUUUGUACAAGAAAAGAAAAUUUAAGUUUUCUGAUAACCGUUAGAUUAAGAAGUUUAUAUGUUAUUCUCAUGAUUACUAUAUUACGAAAAAUAAAAAAAAUUUCU